AUGCACCGUCUACGCGUUUUCAUCACUAUCUGGUCCCUAUUGUUGGCUUCUGUGGCAUGUCAAGAGGCCCCAAUUUGGGUUCAGGGUGCCCUUGAAGAUGCUACUGCGACUGAUGACGCGUUCAACACAGGCGGGACAAUAGUUGUCAAUGGAUUUACAGUCAAUGUUCCAAAGAACCUACUAGUCCAAUUUCCAGCUGCCUGGGUCCCGUGGAAGGAAUUUGUGGCCAAUAAGGCGGACUUCACCGGAUAUGAGACCUUGGUUAUCGGAAACAGUAUCAAUGGAGAGCCCCGCGUUGCUCAAAUCCAGAUGUACGAGUUCUUUGAGGGAUUGAGCAGUGGCUUUAUUGAGUCUUUAGACUUUGCGGAUGGAAGCCUCAAGAUCCAGAACGGCCCCACUAGCCCUAGUAUCACCUCUUUCUCAGGCUUUCCAAUGUGCAUUCCGCGCAAUGAGUCUGAUCCUUUUUGCCCUCUAAGCAACCGACCUUUUGUCGGGCCGGGCACCUUUACUGCACCUGACCCAGUUGUCAUGGCUCCGUUCCAGGCCGGCGAUUUCAUCACCUUUUCCGGAUUCCGUCGAGGUGCUGAGGUUAUUGCAUUCAGUAUCGUGGCGCAGAACGUACAGAUCAACACGCUUGGCGACGUUGUCUACGUGAGAAUGGAACUAGGUCUGCUGGGCAUCGACAACCCCAAUCCUAACGCUGAAAUUGCAGAGUCUCGAUUCAUCGGCUUCGUCUCCAAUAACCGUGCCACAGUUUCUUUGUACGCGAUGGACGUUGAUCCCUGCACAGGCGCAACUACCAACCGCAUCAUUGCGUCCAUGGGACUUCGCGGUGGCCGCAAUGCCCAGAACAAAUUCGAAUAUCGCAACAACAUCCUAUUCAGGUACACUCGAGAGUAUCGUGUCACCGCAGAGAUCGACGGGGUAGCCAAGACCCGCGUGACCAAGAACGGAAUCACUGCCGGAACAUACGUGCAGCCCGUUAACGUUUGGGUUCCCGGAGAACAGGAUGUGCCUGGCGUUCCGCCAGUGUCGUAUGACUUCUCUCAGAUGGAGUUCCUGACGAAGGGAGUUGGCGCUGACGAUGAUGGCAACGUUUGGGGUCCCCUCGAGCCCUUUCCCCAAACCGGGGUGCUCAUCGAGCCUCCCGUCUGCGCCGCAGCUCGGGGCUUGGAGUUGGAGAAGCGAGGUCAGAUUAGCCGAUGGUAUGGCCGCGCUCGCGCAGAUGCAAUCUCUCAGGCUGAGAAUGUUGAUACUACUGAGGCCUUCGUCAACAUCGCUCCUGAGGAGGCCGCAGCGAUUGCGAAGAAGAAGGCCGAGGAGGAGGCUAUCAACGGGUCACCUUGA